UAUCCGUCUUCUUCUUUUCUACUGGCAACCCAACAGAGUCGAUGGAUUGGUGGGUUUAAGUCCCUAAGGGAAUACUAAGUGAAGUAUAAGAGAUAUAAGGAGCGGAUAGAAGAGGGUGCGAGGGAAGGGAAGGGAAGGGAAGGGAAGAGAGAGAGAGACAGAGAGAGAGAUGGCGUUUCAGAGGCGGCGACGACAGGAGCGGCGGGUGGUCCCAGCAGUGCCGGCCGCGGCAGCCAUCUCCGGUGGCGCGCUCCUCAUCAUCGCCGUGCUUGCCUUCCACUCCCUCCUCGCGCCCUCGCCCCUCUUAAACGGCGCUGCCCCCGACAUGGCUGGGCCCGCCCGCCACCGCCGCGCAAAGCCUUCCUCCAUCUUGCUCAAGAAACCGGUGGACCUACAGAGGAAUGCCGCCGGCGCCGUCGAUGCUUUUCGUGUGCCGAGUGGAAGAGGGAGCCCGGUGACCGACCUUUGGGGUUCGAAGCAGUCUAAAGAUUACCAUGGAUGCAGCAAUGCUAGCAGCGGGUUUGCGACUGCGGAAGCCAAUACUCUUCCCAAUAGGUAUUUGAUUAUUGCUACUAGUGGUGGGCUUAAUCAACAAAGAACAGGGAUAAUCGAUGGUGUUGUUGCAGCUCGAAUUUUGAAUGCAACACUUGUUGUUCCUAUAUUGGAUCAAGACUCUUUCUGGAAUGAUGCUAGUGAUUUUUCCGACAUCUUUGAUGUUGACUGGUUCAUUACGUCUCUCACAAAGGAUGUCAAGAUUAUCAAAGAACUUCCUGAAAAAGAUGGUAAAGUCAUUUGGACUCCCUAUACGAUGCGUGUUCCUAGGAAGUGCACCCCGAGAUGCUACCAAAGUCGAGUCCUGCCCGUGCUUACGAAGAAGCAUGUUGUUCGGCUGACAAAGUUUGACUAUAGGCUUUCAAACAAGUUGGACAUUGAUCUUCAGAAGCUGAGAUGCAGAGUAAAUUAUCAAGGCCUAAAAUUCACAGAUCAAAUACAAGUAAUGGGUGACACUCUGAUUCAGAGAAUGAAGGCUAGAAGCAAGCACUUUAUUGCCCUUCACCUAAGAUUUGAACCUGAUAUGCUUGCCUUCUCUGGGUGCUAUUAUGGAGGAGGAGAGAAAGAAAGAACAGAGUUAGGUGCCAUACGCAAGCGGUGGAAGAACUUGCAUGCAAGCAACCCAGAGAAAGGACAUCGGCAUGGUAAAUGUCCACUUAUACCUGAAGAAGUCGGUCUUAUGCUCAGGGCAUUGGGCUUUGGGAAUGACGUUCAUCUCUAUGUGGCAUCUGGUGAGAUAUAUGGGGGAGAGGAGACAUUGGCACCUCUGAAGGCACUGUUUCCUAAUUUUCACUCGAAAGAAACUCUAGCAACCAAGGAGGAACUGGCACCAUUCUCAUCAUAUUCAUCUCGUAUGGCUGCACUUGACUUCAUUGUAUGUGAUGGCAGUGAUGUUUUUGUGACCAACAACAAUGGCAACAUGGCCAGAAUGUUGGCCGGUCAAAGGAGAUACUUUGGACACAAGAGGACAAUACGACCGAAUGCUAAGAAAUUAUACUCGUUGUUUCUGAACAGAACCAGCAUGACCUGGGAAACAUUCUCCUCCAGAAUCUGCAUCUUUCAAAGAGGAUUCAUGGGAGAGCCUAAUGAGGUCAGACCAGGCAGAGGUGGAUUUCAUGAACACCCUUCAGCAUGCAUAUGUGGAAGUUCCGAGGUUGCAGCUCAUUCUAAUCACGAUAUCCAGACCAACCUUGGGAAUAGAAAUUUGAAGAGCAAUGUAAGCCGAAGUGCUGGAGAAACAAUAGACAACCAUUCUAGCUACGAGGAUUUUGACAGGAUUGACUUGGAUGAUGGGGAAAAUACACCUUUACAUAGAAGUACCUCCAGUGGGAUGGAAUCAGAGUACAAUGUCUUCAUCAGACGAGAGGAUCAAGAACUGGAAGACAUAAUUUGAGAUUAGAAUUGAUGCCUGGAUCUCGAGGGGAGUUUCCCUCUCAACCAUUCUUUCAUCAUCUUUCUUUAUACCUACUCAAGAUUUUUGCUUCUGAAAGAAACUUACAGAGGAGCUGCUUACAAUAUAUAAUUGUCGGUCUUGGUGAAGUGGAGUUCAAAAUUCUCCAACAAAAGGUAAUUAGGAUAAAACAAGCAGAUGCAAAGAAACUAAGUAAAUUUAGAUUUUCUUAUGUCAUUAAAUUUCAUGCUAGUAGAGAUUGUUUUCUCUGUCUGACCACAAAAAUCAGAAUUUUUCUAUGAAGUGACAUCAUUUUCCUAAACAUGAUUUUGUCAAGUGGGCUGUGUCAAAGAAAUGAGAUGAUUUCUUGCUGUUGGGAUGAUGCCGAUUCCAAGUCUUAUUUGAUAUGAAAUUACAAAUUCCAUGGUGAAAUGCAAAUGUGGAAGAUGUGACAUGAGAAGCUGCUAAUUAUACUUUUUUGUUACUUCUGUUUCAUGAUUUUUCUUCAUGUUAUCU